GGGGCUUCUAAUUGCAGGGAUACAGUGGUUGUUUAAUCGGAGGUCGCACGAGAUCUUGAGAAACUUUGACUACAGUGGCAGUAUCAUGCAAAAACAGUUCUAACUGAAGGGAAACUGUUUCUUAGCAUUUAAGUUGUUAGACAAUGGCUGAUCUAAGGCAAUUUCAGCAAGAUCUAUUGGCAAACUUCUCAAUUUUGCUAAUAACUUGAUAGAUGUGACAAUCACUAUGCACAGUUCUGAAAGACUGUGUAGCGCUUUCAUAGGUUUUAAAAUCACGACAUCGUUUCAAAAAACUUCGGAUAGGUACGUAAUACGAGCACACACAUCCGAACCCAUUCAUUCUUGGUCAAUAUUUCAGCAAUUCUCUCCCAAAUUCGGCCAUUAUUCAUCGUAAAAUGUAGAUUCAUAGUCUGCACCGAAAAAAAGCCUUUUCAGAUUACUGUAGCUUCAGAGCUGUAUUAAACAUGUGCAUUUUGUUAAACAAGCGCACUUAUUAUUGACCGCAAGCAAGUGUGGUUUACAAACUGGCAAAGUAAAACUAGUUACAAUGACUUGACCAUGAAUGAUAGAUAGUACACAAGACAUUUUUAAGGUUGAACUAGUAACAUAUAUUUAUUUUAAUUCAGAAAUGUACUCGCUAUCGUGUUUGAUCAAAUCUGCAAUAGAAUAAACCCAGUUGGUGAUGUUUUAAAAUCGAAAGCGUACAUAAUAGCAUUCUCUACAGAACCUCUUCAAAUGUCAUGGUUUCUCCGUUUACUUUUGUGUUCUUUUUCCAAAAUGUUCAAUAUAUUUUAAGAAUCGUGAUAUCUUUUAUUGUGUUAUGAUAAAGCUUGCCACCCGCCUUUUACGUCUUCAAAAACGUGCUGUUAUUACAAAUCAAAGAGAUUCUUUUUCGACUUAACGCCGAUCUUAUAAAUGAACUUUUCUUCAUUUCAAUUUUCUGCAAAGUGAUAAAUUGCUUAGUGUUGGAAGGUGCAAUAAACGUGUUUAUUCUUUUCAUCUUUUUUAAUAUGUAAGUUAAAGGUUGUUUACUUUGAUGCUCCACUAUUCUUUGCUUUGUGAGUGUUUUUUAUGAGUCCCAUUCAUUAAUGACGAGUCCCCAAGCCCCUCCGCUAUUGAUUUCCUCUCAAAACAAAGCACUUCGGUCUCACAACACAAUACGCGCGAACUAUGAAAAAAAAUAUUGUUUACAUUUUAAAUCUAAACAACAAACGUGCUUUGCACAAUUGUUUUGGGAAUAGAUCUUUUCAUUUUGGGUUUCAUAUAUGCUGGCACCUGCGAGACCAAAACAGAAUUGUCGGCAAAUUCAAGAGGUUUUUCAUUCAAUAAUAGCACUGAUUACUAAACAAGGUAGUGACAUAGCCAACAGCCACAGAGGAACAAUAUUACGCCGAAACAGACAGCAAUUUAUAACAAUGUUAACGUCGUGUUUAGCUUAAGAUUAUGAAACGUCGUGGGAACACGUUUGUUGCACGCACUUGUGUUUUUUUCAUUAAGUUCUUCUUGGGGAAGUCUCUAAAUUAUAAAUACUCUUCGUAUAAGUGAAUAAAAUGUUAACGCUAAAACUCUCUUGAAAAAUCAUCAGAGGUAUUGACACUUUAAAUUGACAUUAGAUAUUAAAGUGAUUAUGUAAGUUUCUCGUUGCGGAAUUUGUUCAAAAUAUUUACUCUCAGAAACGCCAUGUUUAAUGACAGGUUGAGCACUUUUAAAGAAAGAAAUUAAACGAAAAACCAUUAAGGCGAAACCACUGUCGUUUUUUAACGAGUGCCGGGUUGCCUCUAUGCUUUUGUUAAAGUAAUUGUUACAAAACCUUAACAAAAUAAAACCUUUACAAAUAGAAAACGUUUUCGUUAUCUCAAAUUUGUAAAGAGCGGACAUUUAGGGCCGUUCACAUCGGCGAGAACAAUUCAGAUUAUUACAUCUUAGAAUACAGAGGUAAUAACAGCCGAGCCGCGAAACAUUUUUCAAUUUCUCAGACUUUGAAAAUUAGUUUAAUUUUUGCCGGGGUCUUUGCCGCAGCCCGCCUUUCAAGUUAUUAAGUAUGCCCGAAAUGGCCAAAAGAAAACUUUAAUAAAGUCUACAUAGACGUUUCUUUGCGCUUUACAAAAUGAGCCCUCAAUUUAGUGCACGCUAAUAUGAAAAAAGUAAUAAGGCAAAAAACGUAUAAUGUACUUUAGGACUGGUGUUCAAUUUUUCGUUAGACAAUGAUACAACUGCAAGCAGAAAAACGUCCGGCCACAGUUAUUACACAAAGAGUGUUAUUGCCUAAAGGAAAGGAAUCUAAGCGGCGUUCGGUGUCCGGAAAGCUAGAGGGCAGAUCAACAAUGGAAAGAAAAGCUCACAUGUAUUGUAAUAAAAGUGCAGUGAACUGCCUUUGAACGAUAAACUGGUUCAUAUUUUUAUCAAUGACUCAGUUGUAAGCUGAAAUACUACAACGUUCUCUCUCUGCUUUUAAUUAGCCUUGUCAACAAUACAAAAUGACCACAACUAGCAAGCGGCACGCUAAAUCAGAACGAACUCAACGGUCCGUGUUACGAGAAUUUUAUUACUUCACAAGGCCGACGAAUGACAAACUUCCUGCCUCGGAGAAUGAGCCGACGGUGCCUUUGUGAGCUGCUGUGGUCGGUGACACGUGAGAGAAGUUCAAACCAAAUUUGAAUAUUUUAUUUAAACUAUUAUAAAAGCCGGCCUUUUGUUGUGGGCCAAACUUCAAUAAGAAAAUUAACGAGUAAUUUGGAUAAGUUUCGGUUUGAUAGGCAUGUGCUAAUUAGUUAUUCUGUAUUUAAUAGAAAUGUUCAGGUCCGCCGACCUGUUGUGUCAACAUUGAAUGACAUCGAAACCUGGAGCACGGCGAGCCCUCAAAUCGGCGACGAACAAAGGAAAUUUUUGAAGUUUUGUCGGUGUGUUUAGUCAGUGCCAUUUAUUUCGAUAACUUAAGUACACAGUAAACUGCGUACAAAAACCCGACAUCUGUCCCAAAGCUUAUUCAGAACGUGUCGAGGUUGUUUUUAAAGAUUAAGAAGUACUCGUCCGCCGGUUAAGACCAACCAACGUCUGUGUCAGCGAUCAUUUAAGGACGGGAAAGAUCUCGCGAUGCCGAGGCCUCUACGGAAUAGCUACGGCAGUGCAAAGCCACCUUAUUCGUACAUCUCGCUUACGGCCAUGGCUAUCCAAAGCUCUCCUCAGAAAAUGCUGUCAUUGAGCGAGAUCUACCAGUUUAUUAUGGAUCACUUUCCAUUCUACAGGGAAAACACGCAACGCUGGCAGAACUCCCUGCGACACAAUCUAAGCUUCAACGACUGCUUUCUGAAGAUUCCCCGAAGACCUGAUCAGCCUGGGAAAGGCAGCCUCUGGGCGUUGCAUCCAGACUGCGGAGCAAUGUUUGAGAACGGAAGCUUCCUGCGCCGAAGAAAGCGCUUCAAAUCCGAGAAGGAGAGGACGACAAAGUUGGCCAAGCUAAUCACAGACGAGACCAAAGAUCCCGCACAUAGCGCAGUUCACAUGACAGAUGACAGUGCAGUUCGCGGCUGUGUCUCGCCCGUUGAAGUCAGUCAGUCAGGCUUUAAGCAUCCUUUUAACAUAGAAAAUCUCAUUGGAUCUGACAUCAAGAGUGUACAGUCGUUCCCAGCCAUGACUACCCCCAUCCCUUCUCUUCCGACAUGUCCCUCUUGUAUGAACACGCCUCCGAGCGCAGCUCUACCGGGCUAUCAAGGAAAACUCUGGUCUGCAGUUCCAAGCGCGUAUUUCGCCAAACCGUGCACUCACCACGAGCGUUUAAAGGAAUACGAGAUCGCAAGAUUUGGACAACAGUUUUAUCACGCCGGCGAACUCGCGCCGUUUUACGGAGCAGUUCCUGUGUCGACGGCAGUUCUUCCUCAAGCCAUAUUCCGGUGACCGAGACGAUGGACAUUUUGCCUGCAACGUCGCACUAAAAGGAACUUUAUUCGCCACGAAACAUUUAGUGUAACACGGCAUGGUUAGAACAGCUCACAUGCUAAAUUUAAGGGGUGUUGUGAGCAUCAAUGACCUCGAAUAGUUAAAACCUUGCAGGUAUAUUUUCAGUGAUAAUGGUUGAGUUUUAUUGAAAAUUACUAUCAAAUGAACUGAAAAUGUAAAAGAAAAGUCAUUGCGGGUUACGUAACUCAAGCUUGCCUUCAGAUUGUGAAAAUGUCUGGCAAUUUUUCUAAACCCGACGUCGUGUCUUGGAGAAAAUCACAAGAAACUUAUUACAAUUUACUGGUCUUUCAACAUUCACUUGAUAUCUUCACUUUGGUCAGUUCUGGGAGCAUUUGCGAUCGUACUCAAUCAUAAUUGAAGCACUAUUUCGCCUAAAAAAUCCAGCGAAAUGGUGUCUCUUUGUAAGCUAAGAGGCUCAUAAAGCCAGGUUUGAGAAGAAGUGCCUUAACUGCCAAAAUGUUCGAAACACAAAGGUACCAGUGAAAAUGCGAAAUAUGAAGGUGACAGUUUUAAAUUGGUCCUUGUUACAAAACAACUAGGUGACAAGGUCUCUUUUAAUUUUAUUUCGCCCAGAAAUAACUUAAAUAAGCCUUCCUUAGCCGAGAUUACAACUCCAGAGGCCUAUUUUUGCUACAACACGAGAUUUUUUUCAGAUUCAGAAGCUAAAACAUAUGGAAGGCAAGCUUGUAAUGUGCGUAAUUCUAAAAAGCCAAACAAAUUCAUCUUCCAAAUCACAGUGUAUAAAAAAUCAUAUUUUUAUCGUGUAAAAAUUUUGAUUCGUGGAGAAAGAAAUUAUAUACGACUUAAGGGAAACAUUGAAUCAAAAAUUGUAUGUAUAUAAAUUGAUGUGUUUGAAAUGAAGACAGCUUUCCGAGUUAAAUGAUUUUAGUUGAGUUUUAACAUACGAUAUAGCUUUUAGAUUUAGCAGCUUCAGAGUUACUUAAAUUUACGAACAUUUACGUAAGUAUAGAUGUCGAAUAAACAUUUUAUUCUAUUUUUUCGUUCAUUUUACAGACCACCGUGGUAAAACGCUAAGUGUUUAUUGUACACGUUCUAAAAGAUCUAAAUAGUAUUUGAAUUAUUAGAUUAUACCGUAUAUUUAACUAGUUUCGAAUUGUAAACAUUUGUGCAAGGUUUUCUUAGCAUGUAUGCAUUUUCCAUCUCUGUUGGUUUUUAACGAGAACGCUGUUUAACCUUGAGUAAAUAAAUCUAAAAGGUAUUUGAAAAA